AUGAUGAUGGCAGGAGCCGCAGCAGCUCUGCUGCUGGUGGUGGUGCUCGUGGUAGUGCUCGAGACGGGCUAUCGGAUAUGGGACUUGCUGCAGCAUCCGAUCUCUGCUCGCUUUGCCUUUGCUCUGCCUCUGCCGUUACCCCGGUCCCGUUCCGCACCCCGCUCGCUUCCGCAGUCGGGCGUAUGCUGGUUCGUCUGGUAUACGGCUCGGGGCGGGUCGAGCAAGAAAAACAGAGAUGCUAGUGCUGGUUAUUCCUUUCUCCCGCUUUGGUUCACCUACGGGCGGAACGGGAUCCGCGGACGGGCCAAGGGCUUGGAGGCGAGCUUGGUGUGA